CAAACUAAAUACCGUGUUUAAGCUUACGGUAUACAAAGUGAAAAUAAAGAUAGUGAACGUAUUUUACUUUUUUCUUUAAAUUAGUAUCUGUAGGAUAUUGAUAAAUGUUUGGACAAGAUAGCCGGAUGAUCAAUCCUACCGCAGAGGAAUAUCAGAUCAGGAAUAGUUAAAUCAAAGUCCAGCCUAAUAGGUUCCUUAUAUACCAAGACAAAAUGGCAACUGCAGAAAGCGAGCAUGGUUCUGAUUUUGAAGAGACGAUGUUCUGUGAACCUUGUAAUAAGGAAGGUAACACUGUUGAAGCAGAUGGGUUUUGUUCCGAUUGCUCUGAUUACCUAUGUAGUACAUGUCUGAAGUAUCACAAAAGAUUAGCAAAGAAUCACACACUGUUUGAUAAAUCUAGCAUGCCACAGGACUUCUGUUUAGAACGAUGUGUAUUACAUCCAAAUGACCUGGUAAAAUUCUACUGUACGAAAUGCGACAACACUGCAUGUUCUCAAUGUAUACCAAUUGAACAUCAGACUGAGUGCUCCGAAUUAAUGCAUAUCCCUUCAUAUAUGCAGUCACAAGAUGUAUACAGAGAAUUGAAAGAAGUUAAGAAAUCGCUGAAAGGCGUCGAGGAAGAAGCAAGUCGCACUGGAGAUGAGAGUGGUCAAAAAUUGAAAAAAGCAACCCUUAACAGUAGUGAUAUUUCGAAGUCAAUCAGCCUCCAGAAAAAGUACAUUAAGGACAAAAUUGAAGAGCAACGUGUUGAGAUUUUUAAAGCACUAGACGAUGAAAGGGUCGAAGUUAUCAGGAAGCUUGACGAGAGGCAAGGCCGAAGAAAGGAACAAUUAUUUGAACAACAGAAACUUAUAAAAAGUAAAAUAGAUGACGAAGCGAAUCAUUUGGAUGAGCAAUUAAUGUUAUACCCGAGAAAAAUACAAAACAUUGCGCUAAACAGUGCAAACAUAAGGUCGAAAUUAGAGUCCCUUACCACUGAAUUAGUAAAUAAAGAGAGACAAGGACGAAAAGCAGAACUUUUCGUUGCAACUAAAAGAACUAAGCGCAACAUGAAAACGCUACAAAAAGAUAUAGAUGAUGUGUGUAAAGAGAACAAAGUCAGGUGCUUUACCUUUAGACGAAACACAGAGAACAUCAGUAUAGAUGCUGCGGAAAACGCUACGCUUGGAUCACUUAUCGAAGAAAGCGAACAAGGAGAUAGGGAUACAACCAGUGGUCAGCAAGGAACAUUUAAUUCAGCUAGUUCUACAGACACGCGAAUAUCUGCUCAGAAUAAUGCAGAGAGGGAGGUAACUAGUGAGGAAAUAAUUACCAAGGAACCAGUGUCUGCCUCGGCUCAGAUGCCGGAAAAUGUGAGAUUUGUUAAAGCAACUGAUAAGAAAGGGGGACGAGAUGCACAAGGAAAAACGGUAGAGUUUGAUCCCGAGUUUGCAAACCAGCUUGUUGCCUCAGCAGUUAAUGCUGCAGGUCAGGCAUAUAUCACAGCCAAGGCAGUGUUCAAAACAUGGCAAGAUAAACAGAACGAGGCUAAUCGACAGGCUAGAGUUGCAAGACCAACAAAACAAUCUAUUGAGGAGACAAAAUCACAAAACAUCAUUCUAAAAGACGACGAUACCAGUUUUUCUCAGUCUGAUUAUAAACGCUUUCAAUCAGUACAGACUCAACAAUUAAAAUCUGAUUACAAAGGCCAUGAAAAUGAAUGUAAGUCUCAAGCAGAUAACUAUAAACCCCCACAGUCGGGAUGGACUCCACCAAAAUCUGGUUACAAAUUCCCUAAAAAUGAAUGUAAGUCUCAAGCAGAUGAUUACAAACCCCAACAGUCGGGAUGGACUCAACAAUUAAAAUCUGAUUACAAAGGCCCUGAAAAUGAAUGUCAGUCUCAAGCAGAGAAUUACAAACCCCCACAGUCGGUAUGGACUCCACCAAAAUCUGGUUACAAAUUCCCUGAAAAUGAAAGUAAGUCUCAAGCAGAUAAUGACAAACCCCCACAGUCGGUAUGGGCUCAACAAUUUGCAAAGGCCCAGAAAAUAUAUGCAAGUCUCAAGCAGAUAAAUACAAACCCCCACAGUCGGGAUGGGCUGAACAAUUAAAAUCUGAUUACAAAGGCCAUGAAAAUGAAUAUAAGUCUCAAGCAGAUAAUUACAAACCCCCACAGUCGGGAUGGACUCCACCAAAAUCUGGUUACAAAUUCCCUGAAAAUGAAUAUAAGUCUUAAGCAGAUGAUUACAAACCGCAACAGUCGGGAUGGACUCAACAAUUAAAAUCUGAUUACGAAGGCCCUGAAAAUGAAUGUAAGUCUCAAGCAGGUGAUUACAAACCCCAACAGUCGGGAUGGGCACAACAAUUAAAAUCUGAUUAAAAAGGCCAUGAAAAUGAAUGUAAGUCUCAAGCAGAGAAUUACAAACCCCCACAGUCGGUAUGGACUCCACCAAAAUCUGGUUACAAAUUCCCUGAAAAUGAAUAUAAGUCUCAAGCAGAUGAUUACAAACCCCUACAGUCGGGAUGGACUCAACAAUUAAAAUCUGAUUACAAAGGCCCUGAAAAUGAAUGUCAGCCUCAAGCAGAUAAUUACAAAUCCCCACAGUCGGGAUGGAAUCAACAAUCAAAAUCUUAUUACAAAGACCAUGAAAAUGAAUGUAAGUCUCAAGCAGAGAAUUACAAACCCCCACAGUCGGUAUGGACUCCACCAAAAUCUGGUUACAAAUUCCCUGAAAAUGAAUGUAAGUCUCAAGCAGAUAAUUACAAACCACAACUUUCGGGAUGGACUCAACAAUUAAAAUCUAGUUACAAAUUCCCUAAAAAUGAAUGUAAGUCUCAAGCAGAUAAUUGCAAACCCCAACAGCCGGGAUGGAAUCAACAAUUAAAAUCUGAUUACAAAUUUCCUGAAAAUGAAUGUAAGUCUCAAGCAGAUAAUUGCAAACCUCAAUAGUCAGGAUGGGCUCAACCAAAAUCUGGUUACAAAUUUCCUGAAAAUGAAUGUAAGGCUCAAGCAGAUAAUUACAAACCCCACAGUCUGGAUGAGCUCAACAAUUAAAAUCUGAUUACAAAUUCCCUGAAAAUGAAUGUAAGUCUCAAGCAGUUAAUAACAAACCCAAACAGCCGGGAUGGGCUCAACAAUUAAAAUUUGAUUACAAAUUCCCUGAAAAUGAAUGUAAGUCUCAAGCAGAUAAUUACAAACCCCACAAUCGGGAUGGGCUGAACAAUUAAAAUCUGAUUACAAAUUCCCUGAAAAUGAAUAGAAGUCUCAAGCAAAUUAUU